CGCUGUUAUUGUUGUUGUGCGGGUGACGCGGCGGACUGGCCGGCCGAGCCGCGCAUGAGUCAGCGCCACUGUGAAGGUCGCUCGCUUCGGAUGUGGUCACUAAAACUCUUCAAUCUCUGACGAUAACCCCGGAUUAAAUUCUAGUUAUCUGAAGCGCGAAAAAAUGGCGGUUCCCGCAGCCCCGAACCUGCAGCUGAACGCGGGGAGACAAAGCGGCAGCCCGGUCGACUCCUCCGACAACAACAUCCACAUCGACGAGAAGGAGCUGGAAAACAUCACGAAUCACGUCGAGGACGGCACGUCGCUCCCUCUUCACUCUCCGUGGACUUUCUGGCUGGAUAGGUCAUUACCAGGGACGACAGCAGCAGAGUGUGAAUCAAAUCUGAAAAAGAUCUACACAGUGCAGACAGUCCAGAGCUUCUGGAGUGUGUACAACAACAUACCCGCAGUGUCUUACCUCCCUUUGAGGUGUAGCUACCACUUAAUGCGAGGAGAACGAAGACCACUAUGGGAGGAGGAAAGUAAUGCAAAGGGAGGUGUGUGGAAGAUGAAAGUACCAAAGGAGAGCACAUCUGCUGUAUGGAAAGAAUUGCUGUUGGCUACUAUUGGCGAACAGUUCACUGACUAUUGUGCGUCAGAGGAUGAGGUUGUUGGUGUCAGCGUCAGCGUGCGAGACAGAGAGGACGUCGUCCAGGUUUGGAAUGGAAACGCAUCUUUUGCUAACGAGGCGAACAUCUUAGGAAGAAUCUACGAGCUACUUCCACAGAUCUCUUUUAAAGCAGUAUUUUAUAAGCCACACGAGGAGCACCAUGCAUUCGAAGGUGGUCGUUCGAGACAUUAGCAGGCUUUGCACAUUCAUCGGCUGUUAUCUUUUCACUCUUUCGUUCUUGGACUGACCAGAGAAAACGGACUGAAAACAACAAAUUAAAUUUCGCCUGAUCGGAAGCGCGCUGCCAUUUUACCUUGCAGGAGCCGAACUAUCCUAUGUUAAAGCUCGAUUUUGAUUUUAGGUAUUGCAGAUGAUCCCUGUGUGUUCUUGGCUAAUAAUUUUGAAGAGAUUAUUAGGCAAUAUCUAUAUAGUUCACAUGCAAGUAGCAAGUGUAAUAUACACACACAGCAAUGUUGCCAUGGCUUUUUUUUUUUAUUAUUGUUAUUUUUCCCCUUUUUUCUUUCAGUUCAAAUGUUACCCAGCGAGAUAAUCGCUGCUUGUCAGGAACUUGACAUUUCCACAACCAGGGUUUUGAUGUCCUGUCCUUUAGGUUACUUAUAGAGUAGUAGCUCUUAUGCUUUUACGCAGACAUGUUGCACAUUAUUUUAGACGAAAUUUCCUUUUGAUUUUAAACCUGAAAAGUGUUUGCCAGUGACGCCAGUGACUCCAGUGACUCUGGACCCCCCUGUUUUUCACAGUUUAUUGGAUUUUGUACUAAACGUAGCUCCUAGAACACGUUCUCGUCCUGGUCAGAGUCGUCCUAGAGGGCAGUUCAUCGUCUAAAUGCAGUUAGAAUAUUUUAUUUUUCAUAGUCUGAAAAUACUAAUCUGGAAAAAAACUAGGCACAGAAUCGAUUUUUUGAAGAAAUUUUUUAUGCAUUUAUGCUUAACAGCCACAUUUUCAUCAAUCACUCUUGUCUUUUUAUGCCAACGGUUGCUGUCCAAGUAUUGUUCGAUGCUUUAUCAUGUCCGAAAUUAAUGUUUACUGGUGAAAUGUGUAUUUUAUGAGGGGGAGCUGGUGUGGAUACGGUCAAAUGAUGACACUGACAAAUACCCAUGAAAACGUUUGGGCACUGGAUGAAUGUGUUUAGUUUUUUCUGUACCAAAGAGACCCCCCGCCCCCCCACACUCAUGUUGUAUUAUGUAAACAGCCCCAACCCCCCCCCGCCCCCUUCCUGCCCUCGUCUCUGAUUUGGUAUGAUCAGAACUGUGCAGUAGGAGCAAUGGCUGCACCUUUGCCCUGUGAAACAACUAAUACGUCUAAUUAAGUCCAUUAAGUUUUACGGUCUUUUUGUAUAUCCUGCCCGUUUUAAGCCGUCAGUUCUAGGCGUUUCUCUUGGUGUUAGUUUGUUCUUUUAACGUUGAUUUGUCAAAUGGAGUAACAAACUACAAGACGUAAAUCACGACUGGGGUCUUUUAUGUAACAAUGCACUAGAAGCACAACUGUAAGUCUGUCCUCCUGAUGGGCAAGGAUGCAGAAAAGAGUCUGUACAUGCAGCUGACCUUUCAUAUAGCAGCUUUUCCUAUGUAUUAUAAAUCUUUUUAUGAGACGCAAGUACUGAAAUGGAUAUUAUUUUUCUGAGCAGGUUUUGUUCUUGUUGGUAAAUCCAGGGCUCCCAGUCAGGAUGUGAGACCUCAAACUGAUUGUCAAUCUUCUGGAACGGUGCCUUGUGUUCUCCCAGGGUUUCACUCAUAGAAUAUUCUGUUUUAUCUCUACGUAUUUAAUCGGUUAUGAUGUAAAUUGAUUUUGCUUAUAGGU